CUGAAUGAAAGCUCUGAUGGGGCCAGAGGAGACGACUCUGCUGGUCUCAAGCGUGCUGUCGCUGAUUGGCUAAUGGAACGUACCCCCACGCCAAAUCCCCCCAUUCACAAGCAAAACAAAUCUGGUCGAGGAUUUUACCAUGACGUGAUGGGCGAACUCUUGUGCCCAGUUGAUUAUACAGUAACUGGAGCAAUCCAAUUAUCCAUUCGAGACUACCAUCCCGAUUUUCACAUCACUGCUUGCUCUUGGCCUUUGUUCCUGUACAAGGAUGGAUGUUACAACCCCCAGAACCCUACAAAGGAUCUGUUUAAAGGUGAGCUACUAGUCAAGGUAUUUAAACGUGUAUUCACCUCUCCGAGUUCCACAGAUGAGGAACAAUGUCGCACUUGGUGUGACAUUUCAACACUAGUCAAUAUGCGAUCUAUCCAACCUCAAGCCAUAGCUUACAUAUCUGUUCAGCUAAGAUUUGCGUUGUCAAGCUCAGGAUCUUGGCGCGUCGUUGAUGACGAAUUCAACAAUCAAGAGUUUUAUGAUAACAUAGUUGACUAUCUUGAAUUUCCUCCAACACCUGAAGCAGCGAAAGAAGUGGAUGAUCUCUUACUUUGGUGGAAUAGGUGA